UGUAAAGGCAAAGUAUGACGUAUGUCACAUGACGUUGCAACUUCAUUUUUCCAACACGCUUACAUCGGUCCUGCACCAAGAUUGUACCAGAAAAUGGCUGAGCAAAUAGUUCCAAUAAAUGCAGUCAUACACCAAGCUCAACAAAUCUUUCAACAGCAGUUUGGAGAAGAACCAGAAAUAACUGCCUUUGCACCUGGGAGGGUCAACCUUAUUGGAGAGCAUACAGAUUACAAUGAUGGGUUUGUUAUGCCUAUGGCGCUUCCUCUUGUGACCUGUUUAGUUGGUAAAAAGAUAGAAGGUACGGUGUCCCAUGUGUACACAAGUGCUAAGAACUUUGACAACCAAAUGGCUACAAUAGACAUGAUCACAGUACCCAAGGAAGGUCCAAAAUGGGCUUUGUAUGUUAAAGGUGUCAUAGCAAACUACAAAAGUGGAAAACCUGGACCAUUACCAGCAUUUCAAGCCGUUGUUAACAGCACGGUUCCUACAGGAGGGGGCUUAUCAAGUAGCGCUGCAAUUGAAGUAGCCACUUACAUGUUCCUGGAUACAAUUGCUGGACCGAACAAUCUGACAGAUACAGAAAAAGCUUUGGCCUGUCAAAAAGCGGAGCACGAAUACCCUGGAAUGCCAUGUGGGAUUAUGGACCAGUUUAUUUCGAUGAUGGGAUGCUCAGGUCAUGCUUUGCUGAUAGAUUGCAGAGAUCUCAGUUCUACGCCUAUCCCCUUUUCUGAUCCAAGUAUCGCUGUGCUUAUUAUCAAUUCUAAUGUCAAACAUGAACUUACAGGUAGUGAGUAUCCCACCAGAAGAAAGCAGUGUGAAGAAGCUGCUAAGUUGUUAGGUUUGAAGAGCUUAAGAGGAGCGAAAGUGGAAGAUGUGGAUAAGCUGAUCUCUAUGAGAGCUGAUCCAGAAAUUGUUAAGAGAGCCAGACAUGUUAUUGGGGAGAUAAGAAGAACUGCGGAAAGUGCUGAGCUACUCAAAAAGGUGGUACCGUUGUUGAUCCACCUGUUUCUCCAAAACACAGGAUUUGUUGAGGCAGGAGGCAGCCAUCAUCAUGUCCGUCAUCGCAUACACGUUCCACAAAAAAUCCACAAGAUCUACCACACGAAGAUCAUCAAGGUUCCAGAGCACCAUCACUACUUCCACGAAAAAGAAAAGAUCAUCCAGGUUGAGAAGCCCAAAGAAGAGGUGCACUACCCGCCCCUGAAGGAAGAGGAACUCGGCGAGUACGAUGACCACCAACAGGCUUUGAGUGAGAGUUGGGGUGGGGCGAGUCACAACAUCUUCAAGAAACAUGUCAGCAGUACUACGGCGGUGCCGAAGAAAGUAGUGAAACAGAAGGAGAGGGAAGAUAGCAGGGGUGAGAUUGAGGAGAUUCUCCAGAAAGCGGAGAGUGCAGAGAGGACUUUGAGGCCAGAGGUACUCAAAAAGGUAGAGCAGCCUCAACGGAAACCAAGAACUAAGAAGCAUGGAUCCAGCGAAAGGGAAAGAGACAGAGACAGCGGAUCUUCGGAACUAUCCCUGAAACGAAGAAGAGUCAGAAGGAAGAACCAGCAUCCGAAUCAUCACCCGAAUCAUAGAUAUAGCGCUGAAAGGCCUUAGUCAGGUGUAUAGUUAUUUUUGAGUUUCAGGGCAUUUGUCAUACUUUAACUGAGUUUUUCCCGUUUGGGUUGCACUUAGUUGGACAGGUCAAAGUUCUGUAGUUAGGUGGAGUUACCUGUUAUCCUUCGGGAUGAGUGGAAAUAGUUUAACUACAAUUUGAUAAGUACAAAGUACCUAUUCUAGAUGGUCUAGAUUUCCUGGUUUUAACGAUUUUCAAGCGACAAACCCAUGCAUUUGUUGAAUGUCAAGCCUGAGACUCUUCUAUGUUGCUAACUAGGUAAUGAUCUAAACUUGAGUCAAAGUCUACUGUCUCUUUCGCAUGUUAUUGAAAUUUACAGUAUCUAUUAGACUGCUGAUCAGCAGUUUGUAUUUUAUCGUCCAAAGAUAAGUCAUUAGGUGUCUUUUAGAUGUAUGAUGUUGUAUAUACGGAUGAGAUAUAUAUGAUGUAC